CCACGAUUUCUUUUGGUACUAGAAAAGUUUUGAAGAUGAAAUGGAGUUUCCGCAGACGGGUGUAUCGCUGAGAUCGAGCUUGACUUUUGGAGAGACGCUGUGUGCGGUGUGCAUUCCGCUCAUAGGACUUGUUGAAGCUUUGGUUUUCAGCUUAGCUGGUUGCUUCGAUUUCCAUUUUCCGGCGAAGAAGAAACCGUCUUCUACUACCUUCGACAACAUUCUCGCCCUCUCCAAGGACUCUCCGUUUACUGUUAAUGAAAUUGAGGCUUUGCAUGAGUUGUUCAAGAAGUUGAGUAGCUCAAUCAUUGACGAUGGUCUCAUCCACAAGGAAGAACUCACAUUGGCCCUGUUGAAGACCACAACUAAGGAGAAUCUUUUCCUUGACAGGGUAUUUGAUGUUUUCGAUGAAAAAAGAAAUGGUGUCAUAGAAUUUGAUGAGUUUGUGCAUGCUCUCAGUAUCUUUCAUCCUUGUACUCCUCUGGAAAAGAAAAUUGACUUUUCUUUUAGAAUGUAUGACUUGAGACAGACAGGAUAUAUUGAGCGAGAAGAAGUUAGGCAAAUGGUUGUUGCCAUUUUGUCAGAAUGUGGCAUGGAUAUGAAAGAUGAAGCCCUUGAUGCCAUUAUUGAUAAGACAUUUGAAGAAGCCGAUACUGAUAAAGAUGACAAAAUAAGCAAAGAAGAAUGGAAGGCAUUUGUCACUCGACACCCAACACUCUUGAAACACAUGACUCUUCCUCAUCUGGCGGACAUCAGCACACUGUUUACCAGUUUCAUUUUCAACACCGAAGUUGAUGAUUCUCACUGGCACAUUAAUGGCAAUCGUUAACAUUGAGAAGUGAAAGCUUGUUUUAUGGCACUGUUGCUGUUCUGAGGAGUAGGUGUAGAUUCCACUCUCCGUUGAGUCCAACCCUCCAAGGAGAACACAAAAGAGUGUUAAAAAUCUGAGUAAACUGAUUACAUGGAACCAAAUUACGGUUUGCUCUGAUCAGUUUCCUGUACACCUCAUUUUUGUGCUGGGUAAAAUAUUUGUUUAUGCGUUGUACCAACAUUUAUUUGUACGAGAAAAUAUUUGAAGUGUAAAGUGCAGAAAGCUUUUAAUUAUAAUUUUAUUUCUUGAAAUUUGUCAUAA